ACCCAGCUUGCUGCCACAGCAAGGUGAGGUGCAGAGGUGCAUGGGAGUGUAUGGUGCUACACAGGGCCAGGAGGCCUCGGGACCCCAUGGCAGUCAACUCCUUGGAGCAGCAGCUGGGCGGCCUCACCAUCUUCACCCGAGAUGAUUUUGAGGAAGAAUGGCGCCGGGUAGCCAGUGGUGGCUUCAGUCAGGUGUUCCAGGCAAGACACAAGCGCUGGAGGACCCGGUAUGCCAUCAAGUGCUCCCUGUGCCUCCAGAAGGAAACCACCAGCUCUGAGAUGAGUUGUCUCUUUGAAGAAGCAGUCAAAAUGGAGAAGAUUAAGUUUCAACACAUUGUGUCUGUCUAUGGGAUAUGCAAGCAGCCUCUGGGCAUUGUGAUGGAGUUCAUGGCCAGUGGUUCCCUGGAGAAUACACUAUCUACCCACAACCUCAGUUGGCCGCUCAAGUUCCGUAUCAUCCAUGAGACAAGUUUGGCCAUGAACUUCCUCCACAGCAUUAAGCCACCCCUGCUCCACCUGGACCUCAAGCCGGGCAACAUCCUACUGGACAAUAACAUGCAUGUCAAGAUUUCAGACUUUGGCCUGUCCAGAUGGAUGGAGCAGUCAACCCACAUGCAGUACAUUGAGAGGUCGGCUCUGAGGGGCACACUCAGCUACAUCCCCCCUGAAAUGUUCCAGGAGAAUAGCAAGGCUCCGGGACCUGAAUAUGACAUGUACAGCUUUGGGAUUGUCAUCUGGGAAAUUCUCACUCAGAAGAAACCAUAUUCAGGGCUCAGUAUGAUGACCAUCAUCAUCCGGGUAGCUGCAGGCAUGAGGCCCCCCUUGCAGCCUGUGGAGUGGCCAGGGGAAGCCUAUCAGAUGGUGGACCUGAUGAAGCGCUGCUGGGACCAAGACCCCAAGAAGAGGCCAUGCUUUCUAAAUGUGACCAUUGAGACAGACAUGCUGCUGUCCCUGCUCCAGAGCCCUGUGGCAGACCCUGAGUGUGAAACCCUGGCCCGGAAGGUGUCUUGCAAACCAUCACUGAGCCAGCCCCACAAGGUCAGCGAGGAAGUCAAUCAGGAGCUUUCACACAGUGCAGGCUCAGGUGACUCCUUGAAGUGGGUCCUACAGCUCUCUGACAACAAGAUCCCAAGUGAUGAAGAACUACAUGUCUAUGAGAACAAGAUGACUCCCCUUCAUUUCCUAGUGGCCCAGGGCAGUUUGGAGCAAGUGAGGCUGCUGCUGUCCCAUGAGAUUGAUGUAGACUGCCAGACAGCCUCUGGCUAUACACCACUCCUCAUUGCCACCCAGGACCAGCAACCUGAUAUCUGUGCCUUGCUCCUGGCACAUGGUGCUGAUGCCAACUUGGCAGAUGAGGAUGGCUGGGUCCCACUGCAUUUUGCAGCCCAGAAUGGGGAUGACCACACUGCCCGUCUGCUCCUGGACCAUGGGGCUCUGGUGAAUGCCCAGGAACAUGAAGGCUGGACUCCACUCCACCUAGCUGCACAGAAUAACUUUGAGAAUGUGGCACGGCUUCUGGUCUCCCGACAGGCUGACCUCAACCCACAGGAGGCUGACGGCAAGACGCCCCUCCAUGUGGCUGCCUACUUUGGCCACAUUGGUCUGGUCAAGCUACUGACAGGACAUGGGGCUGAACUGAAUGCUCAGCAGAGAAACCUGAGGACACCUCUGCACCUGGCAGUGGAGAGGGGAAAAGUGAGAGCCAUCCAAUACCUGCUAAAGAGUGGGGCAUUCCCUGAUGCCCUUGACCAUGGUGGCUACAGCCCACUGCACAUUGCUGCAGCCAGGGGCAAGCAAAUUAUCUUCAAGAUGCUUCUCAGAUAUGGGGCCAGGCUUGAGCUACCCACACAACAGGGGUGGACACCCCUGCACCUAGCAACUUACAAGGGCCACGUGGAGAUCAUCCAUCUGCUGGUCAAGAGUCAUGCAGACCUGGAUGCUCUUGGAAGUAUGCACUGGACUCCCCUGCACCUGGCUGCCUUCCAUGGGGAGGAGGUGGUGGUUUUGGCACUGCUACAGGGUGGGGCCAACCCCAAUGCUGCUGAGCAGUCAGGCUGGACUCCUCUCCACCUGGCAGUGAAGAAGGAGACCAUCCUGAGCAUCAUCCACCUUCUGGAGCAUGGUGCUGACGUCCAUGCUUGCAACAAGAUGGGCUGGACACCUGCCCACCUGGCUGCUCUCAAGGGCAACACAGCCAUCCUCAAAGUGCUGGUGAAGGCUGGUGCCCAGCUGGACGUCAAGGAUGGAGUUGGCUGCACACCUUUGCAGCUGGCCCUUCGAAGCCGAAAACGGGGGAUCGUGACCUUCCUGGAGGGCAAGGAGCCUUUGCUAGCCAUUCUGGGAGGUUCAAAGCCUGAAUCCCAGACAGAAGUUCAGAUACAACAGGGCCUCUUUGCCUGGAAGAGGAGAGGAUUGUGAAACGAAACUUGGCUUUGGAGAGGCCACUUCCCACCUGCCCAUUUGACCUUGAGAGGAACCAGUGUCCCAGGUGACAGAAGGGAGGGGAGACGUUCCAGUGAACUUGUUCCAGUGAGCAGGGGAGCUACAGAGUGACCGGAAAACUGGUUCCAGCUCCCCUCCAAGUCAUCUCCAGUCUACCCUGGCUCUUCCUUCUUUUCAAGUGAGCUCAUGUGCCCAUGCUAAGCUUCCCUUCCAGCCCCUGCCACCUUCUGUUGCUUGCCUCAGAAUAAUGGAACCCUUGCAUCCCAAGGAACACCCCAAAAUAAAG